GCAGAAUUAAAGCGUGAAGGAAAGCUAUGCCGGGAAUCCGGGAGGUGGCAAGCGAAGCCGGCGGGGAGGACGUGACCCGCGCGCUCCGCAGGCCGUGUUCGGGUGUCCCCAGAGGCGAGGCUGCGCGGGUGGCGCGGCGCCCCCUCCCCGCCCUCCAGCGCACUGUGCCCACCGCCUCGCCCCCGCCUCCCGCACCCCCACCUCCGGGGCACGGCGGGCCCACCCCCCGCUGCGCUCCAGAGCGAGCCCCCACCUCCGGCUCGGCGGGCUGGGCGGGGCGGGCGGCGGGCGGAGCGGCUCCUGCCUUUUUUGGGCGUCUCCUCGCUCUGGGCGCGGACCUGCCGGCGGGCGCUCGGCUAGCUGCGGCGGCGGCGGCUUAG